AGAAAGCUAGGUUCUCCUUGGCUAUAAUGAAAAUGAAACCAAAAGAAGCAUUUUCAGACAAAAAUGGCAAUGGCUGGCAAUGGUGCAUAUGGGAGUCACGCGUGUAUACAUUGCACUUACUUAAUACACCGCCACUGCUGUCCUCUUGUGCUCGUCGAUUACAAAUUUUCCGGGGAAAAAAGACAGAUCUGAAUCAUUGUUAUGGAGGACCUCCCGCCUUAUCUUUCAUCCUCCCCUCACCCCUCUGCUUCCCCUCCCUCCGCGGUGCCAAAGCACCACUACUACCGCUUUCCACCGGGCAAGGAUGACUUCAACAAGCCUCACCACUCACACCGAGUCUUGACAGCGGUCAUCAUAGCCGUGGCCACCUUCUUUUUCCUUCUGAUCCUCUUUAUCAUCGUCUGGAAGGUGGUGAAGAAGUGCAGUGCUGUUCCUGAUCAAGGGGCGGCUGGUUUGGAGCUGGGACAUUUGCCAGCGCAGGAGGAAAGACAAGACCCAGGUCCAUCCUCUCCAGGCUCGCCUGAGUAGCUGGGAAGUUGCUGCAUUUGUUUUUAGUUACGAAAAAGUGUAGAACUUAGCUAGAACUAUAUUAUCUUGGAUCAUUUAUUUCAUUUGUCUUGUUCUUGUCUUAGCAUUUUAAUGAAUUUGCUUGAAGUUUUGUGUAUUAAUCUUAUUGUGCAUUUAUUUGUGUACCUUUUUAAAUACUAAGCAAAAGA